AUGUCUGCCAAGCCUGCAUCAACUACAAUGUCACAAGACGAAAUCCAGUCUCAUGUGGACAAGGCUCUAUCCAAGCUCGAGGAGUCCUGGAAAAUCGCGGCUCGUACUAGUCAGCUUUCACGCAUGAUGUACAACACGACUCUGGUUAAAGGAUCUGACGAUGACUCCGAUGAGAACGAGCAGUAUCGACUUGACCUCAUCAGGCAAUCCUUCUACAAUGAGACCAACAAACGUAUUACGGACAGGAUCAAGUACACUACGGAUGGUGCGUUCCCUCGCACAGACAUUGCUGGGACCAGUCGAUCUCCGUUGCAUGUCGACGUUUCGUCCGUCUUUGCGCAAGGGCAAGAAAACCCCCAAGAAUGGCUCGAUGACUUCGCAGCAUCUGUUCUCCAGGAGGGACUGGAGAACAUGGUCAUCAACGCUGCAAUGGGCAUGAUGGAUCCCUCCAUUGCAUCCCAUGUGGUGAACGUUUCCGCUGUGGAGGACCUGUAUGCCGAGAUCAUUGAACAAGGUGUGAAGGAUGCUAUGGAUGGAUACGAAGAGUCUUGCAAGGAUAUGUCAGUAGAACAGCUGGAAGACAAGCUCAAGGACAUGUCUGGUCUCUUCCAUGGCCAACCUCUAUCCUUAUGGCAGAGCUUGGCUCGUUGGAGUACCAAGUCGGUUGGUCACAUUUCCGGCCAGACCAAGGGCAGUUAUGCUGUAGAAGAGUCUCCCUUCAACUUGAAAUCUUUGGACGAUACUAAUGAGAGCCUGCGAAAGAAAUUGACCAAGAGAGAAGCCGAAUUUAAAUCACAGUUCGGAUCGGCACCCCCAGAAAACUUGGAUCCCGAAAAUCUCCCUGAAAGCGCUCGAGCCGACGCGGAGCGUCUUCCACCCUUUGAGAGACAACGGUUCUCCAAAUUCCAACCUUCGGAUACCAUCAGAAACAAUCUCUUCAAGAUUUACGAGUCCAACAACGGUACACAGCCUCCCGAGGAGCAAGAUAUUCUCUACGCCCUCUCCAUCCCGACUCCACAAGUUCAGAACGCUCGACCAGGGUCCUACAAGCUGCUAGACAGUCGAAUUUCAUUCUUUCGCGGGGUGGAUCGUUUCGCCUCGGCGGUGUCCAACGACCCUUCAUGCAAGCCUUUCAAGCGAGCGGGUAUGGUUCCUGAUGACACUUUCAUUGAUUGGAAUAGAGUCGACUUUAGUCUGGUGGAAGAGGAUAAUAUCGAUGCGCCUACGAAUAUUCAAGAGCUGUGGCCGAAGCGUAUUGAGGAUGUAACCAGCGCCGGUCAUCUCGCAGGCCAAGAGAAGUCGGAGAAGGGGGAGUCGGAGAAGGGGGAGUGGUCCCUUACUGAGGAAGAUUUCAGCUAUUUGACACGAUAG